AUGAGCGAGCAAGCGACCUUACCGCCGGUGGUUAUCUGCCCCACCGAAGUGGACAGCGUUAAUAUAACGCUGGAGAAGAACCAACAGUGUGCUUGUAAAGACUGUGGCAAGUUAUUCAAUUCGGUCUGGUAUCUGAAGCAACAUGCUGUCAAGCACUCCAACGAUCGACCGUUUCAAUGCAGAUUCUGUCAUAAGACUUAUAAAUUUCGCUCCAAUCUUUACCAGCAUAAAUGUCCGGAUCGAAUUAAAAAUGGCAAUACGUGA